CUAUGUUUAGAGGUUUACAUCUGUAUGCGCUUGCGCUAUUGAGGAGUCCGGAUAUGGCCCGAUGAUGGUCGUAUUGGCCCGGAAAUAGAUCAAGUUUGUUUUAAAAAUAAUGGCUCCAACAGAACUGUUUUCUCUUAAAUGGAACAAUUUUUAUUCUAACCUUACUUCUGGUUUUCAUGACCUUUUAGCAGAACAUGAUAUGGUUGAUGUAACAAUAGCUGUUGAAGGACACUUUUUACAAGCUCACAAAAUUGUUCUCUCUGUAUGUAGCCCUUUUUUUAAACAACUGUUUAAAAUAAAUCCUUGCAAGCAUCCUAUAGUGAUACUGAAUGAUAUCUCAUUAGAGAACUUAAAGGAUAUCCUUGAGUUUAUGUAUCUUGGAGAAGUGAAUGUAUUAAAAGAUAAUCUCGCCUCCUUUUUAAGAACUGCACAACUUUUGCAAGUUAAAGGAUUAACAGGAGAUGAGACGAAUGAUACUAGCUCAAAAAAUCUUAAUAAAAGGGAGGCAAUAUGUGAGCAACAUACAAAUAACCAAUUGGAAGAUUCAACUAAAUUUUCUUUAUUACCAAAUGAUCAAAAACAGUCACAUUCUAAAAACUCAAGUCCUGCAGAAAAGAUUUCAGUAAAGAAGGCCAAGCAAGAAUUAAUUUUUUCUCAGCAAUCCUUAGUUAGAAAUUUUCAAAAAGUGAAUGGCAUUGACCUAAGUAAUAAUGGAGUUAGUGGUAUGGAAGAUUCAAAUAUUAGCCAUUAUUCUGAGUUCAGUUCUGCUGGGGAUAAGGAGCACUUUACAUUUAAUAAAGAAACACAUAAAGAUGCUUGGGAUAUUAUUGUACCAAAUUCAUUAGUAUUACAAGAUAAUAACCAUGAUAAUGGCAAACAUCCUAUUUUGUCUACCAGCAACAAACAUCCAUUUCAAUGUAUGAAAUGUACAAAACGGUUUUCAAGAAGAGAUCAUCUUCGCACUCAUGAGAAGAAUAUUCAUGGGGAAGACGCAGGUCCUUUUACCUGCGUCAUUUGUUCCCAGCUAUAUAAAAAUUCGGAGAGUUUACGAAAACAUAUCGCUAAAUUUCAUUACCCUAAAAUAAUUGAGGGUCAACAAAAAACUGUAUAAAUAAUAAUGCAUUUACUUUUAUCGUUAGUGCAACAUGCGCGCUAAACAGCCAAAACAAUUCAUUUAUAUUGGGGUUUUCAUUUUUUUUUUGUUUUCGUAUAAGGUGUUGAAUUAAUUGAGUUAUAGAUGUGAGAAGCCAAAGUUUUUGUAUUUAAAUAUAAGAUAUUAAUGAUCUUUAAUACCUCCCUCUAUUGACCCUGUAGCGUAUAUUGAAGGUAACGGAGUUAAUAUAUUUUAUUCUACUUUUAUUUUGUUAAGUCAACUGUUUGUUUUUAUAAACAAAAAAGAAUACGGGACAUAUCAUGUUGUAUGUAUUUAAUUUAAUUAUGUAUUUCGUGCGAUUAAUUUGAAGACUGGUUUUUCCUAAGAUUGUUGCUGUAUUUAUGGUAAUUCUUUUUUAUUAGUUACUAUUAUUAUUAAACGAAAGAUAGAUAACUAAAUAACUUGGUUACAAAGUGAAAGUGUCUUCAAAAUUAUUUUAAUUGUGAGUGCUGUUUUAAAACCUAUUUUUAUAGAAAUUAACAUUGCAAAAUAAAAU